AAAUAGAUAAUAAUUUAACUGCUAAUGCAAAAUGGAUUUUUCCGAAGAAGAAAUAAAAGAGAGAUUAAAACAAUUGGGCUAUAUCAACAUACCAAAUCAUAAGUUAAAGGAGUUUAUGAAAGAUCUGCAAUUGUUGAUUCACCAAGAAACAUUUUCUUCAACAAAUGACUCUCUAUCAGUAUCAAGUGAACCAAAAAUAGUUAGAAAUGGACCAAGAGCUUUUUGUAAAGAAAAGAUUUUAAAUGAUGUGAGAUUUUCAGAAGAAAAAGAAAAUUUUUUAUAUGAAAGCUGCUCAAGCAAUUCCAGUUUUUCUACGGCUCAAUCAAUAACAUCAGACAAUCAUUCAUCUUGCUCAUCAGUUAUGAGGAGGAAAGUUUCAAGAAAAAAGAGUGAUGGGGUUAGAAUCUUUGAUGAAACAAUUGAUACUGAAAGUCAGAUAUCAGAUAUUACACACCUAGAAAAUCAAUUAUAUCAACUGCCUACAACUUCAAAGCUUAGUAACGUUACUUCUGGUUCAAACAAUCCAUUACCUGCUUUUAUAAGAUCAUCCAAAUCAUACCUUCAAACAAGAAGUUAUCCAAAGUGUGAUCCUGUUAAUCGUUAUCAUCAAUUUAAACAGGAAUGGGAGUUUAACAAAGUACCAGGAGAAAGCAAUCAUUCUUCUGAAAGGUGGAAAAUGAAGGAACAAAUGUUAAAAGUUAAUGAAAUUGAAAGACCCAGACACAAUUAUUCUUCUAAUAAAUAUGUUGUUCCAACUGAAAAAAAACGUCAAGCUCUGCGAUGGCAAAUUCGUUCAGCGAUGGCUCAAAUUCAUUAGCAUUAUGUAUAUAAAUACGUAUUUUAGUCAUCAGACGAUUAUACUGGACUGCUGAUUAUGAUUGCGGACGACUCAAAUGAGAAAUGAAAACUAUUUCAGUCGCCUGCAGGACGACCGAGAAAAAACCGGAAGGUACACCUCUGUAUAUAUAUAU